UGGUGCGUCCCCAAUAGUGAGUUAUUAACAAAGUAAGCGACAUACGAAAUGGUACAAUGUUCACUGGACAAUGCAUGAUAAGGUAAAGUUAAGAAAAGUUGAACAACACAGGUACUAACCGUACUCUCCAUAUGUAAAACCAAACAUGAAAAUUCCAAAAGAAGACGUUGAUCAUGGAUAUGCCUGGGCGGUUCUAGCGGCCUGCUUUGCUAUUGAGGUUCUCUAUGGUGUUUUGAUCUGCUCUGUUGGGGUGAUAACACCGGCGAUUCUGGAAGAAGUUGAUGGUGAUUUGGUCAAAGUGUCCUGGGUAGGAUCAACUGUGAUGGGAACAUUCACGAUGUGUGGACCAUUGGUAGGAAUUAUUCAGGAAAGAAUCGGACACAGAUGGACGGGAAUUGUGGGUGGCAUACUAAUGCUCGUUGGUCUGACAGCUGCAUCCUUCUGUAGAACUGUCACAGGUUUGAUCCUCACGUUUGGAGUCAUUACCGGUCUUGGUUGUGGCCUGGCAGCUAAUGUUAGUGGCGUGGCUCCCGGCAAGUACUUUCACAAAAGGCUUCCAGUGGCAUACGGUAUUAUCAUGUCUGGUGGUGCAUUAGGAUUACUUGCAGUUGGGCCAUUAACAAUUCAACUUUUAGACCACUACACUUUAUCCGGAACGUUGCUUAUGUUGGGUGCGAUUGGAUUCCAUGUCUGCUUAGCUGGAGCUCUAAUUAGACCAUCGUCUACACUGAUGCCAGAGAUGCCAGUUUCAAAAGAACUUGACCGCCAAGAAUACAUAGAGGGGGGUAUCGAUUCACAAGGAGACGAUGCACAGCAUAAUCCUGUAGAUUAUGGUGAUUUACCUGGAGAAACGGAGACCGACUUUAUUGCACAACGAGACGUUAACAAUUGUUCCCUAGCCACUUUGCCUGGAGUUGUUAAAGAAAGCGGUUUAAGGGAAGAAAAUGCAACGUUUGCACCUUUGCUUGACCACCGAUCACAUUCGUCAAAUAAAAAACCGAAGUGUGGGAUGAUAUCCGAAAGUGUCAGUUUCAUCGGCACAAAUGGAUUUUUCUUCUACCUCCUCAGUAUCCUUUUCUGGGCUCUCGCUGAAGCGAUAUGCAUGGUUCAUUUACCAAAUUAUGCCGAAUAUAAAGGUAGCACACCUGCACAGUCUGCAAGUCUGUUCACUGGAAUGGGUGUUACUGCUCUUUUUGCCGGAAUGCUGACUGGCUUUGCCUCCUCUGACCAAGAUAUUGGAAACAUUAUACUUCAUGUUGGACUACAAGGAAUGUCAGGGGUGUAUGUUAUGUUACUCCCCACGUUAUCACAAACGUACAUCCUCCAAAUGGUUUUCAGUGCCCUGUAUGGUACGUACAGUCAGGGACCCUAUACGUUGGUUAGUCCCAUAUGCAUUGAACUGAUAGGUCGAUCCAAACUGGCCGUUGGCUAUGGCAUAUGUUCAUUUUUCUUUUGACUCAGCUUCAUGGUUGGACCACCCAUUGCAAGUAAGUAAACCUUGAAUUUCUAUUUACCAG